GCCCUCCCCGCUCCGUCGCCUCGCCGUUCUCAACCCCCGCCCUUCCACCAUGGCUGCCUCUGUGUGGUGUAGGGAGAAGCUGGUCCUCCGUGUCCUCCUAUAGCGCUACUGCUUCACCCCCAACCCCUAGGGCCGGGAUCUAUAGGAGCCUCGUUCCCCAGUCCUUGGGGGGGAACCAGCCAGGAAGGUUUCCUACGUCCUCCUCCAGGGACAGGACUCCUCUUUUCCCCCCACUUCUAGGGGCAGAAACUUAGCGUUUUCUCUCCUCGAGGGUCUGAAGGCAGAAAGGGCUUCCCUUCAACUUGGGCGGACGCCACUCCUCCCCGAUCUUGGGGCGCAGACCGCCCCCCAGCGCCCUUCUGAGCUAGCUAGCGGCUUUUCCUAGAGCUGCUGCACCAAGGGCAGCGCCUGAGGCCGGUCCAAACCGCGCCCUCCCUGCCCGCUGGUUCCUCCUGUUCCUCGUCCCUGGCAACCCAGUCCCUGAGUUCCCCACUUCGAGAACUUUCCACUUAUCCAGUCCCCGACUCUCUCCCAUCUCCUGGCUGCAGCCAUGGAGUUACCGAAAGGAAAAGGGGCUGCAGCAGCUGCUGCUGCUGCUGCUGCUGCUGCUGCUUCGGGAGCAGCGGGAGGUUCAGGAGGAGGAGCGGGAGCAGGAGCCCCAGGAGGGGGGAGGCUGCUACUUUCCACCAGUUUGGAUGCCAAGGAUGAGUUAGAGGAGAAGCUGGAAAGGUGUAUGAGCAUUGUAACAUCGAUGACGACUGGUGUCUCUGAAAGAGAAGCCAAUGAUGCCCUCAAUGCCUACGUAUGCAAAGGCCCCCCUCAGCACGAGGAAGUCUGCCUAGGCCUCUUCACUCUUGUCCUCACUGAACCUGCCCAAGCCCAGAAGUGUUACCGGGACUUGGCUCUGGUGAGUCGUGACGGCAUGAAUAUUGUCCUGAAUAAAAUCAACCAGAUAUUAAUGGAGAAGUACCUGAAGUUGCAGGAUACCUGCCGUACUCAGUUGGUGUGGUUGGUUCGGGAACUGGUGAAGAGUGGGGUUCUGGGAGCCGACGGUGUGUGCAUGACAUUCAUGAAGCAGAUCGCAGGUGGAGAUGUGACAGCCAAAAAUAUCUGGUUGGCAGAAAGUGUUCUGGAUAUCCUGACAGAGCAGAGGGAGUGGGUGCUGAAGAGCAGCAUCCUCAUUGCCAUGGCUGUCUACACGUACCUCCGCCUCAUCGUGGACCACCAUGGGACCGCCCAGCUCCAGGCCCUGCGGCAGAAGGAAGUCGACUUCUGCAUCUCACUGCUUCGGGAGCGGUUUAUGGAAUGUUUGAUGAUUGGCCGAGAUCUCGUAAGACUACUUCAGAAUGUUGCUAGGAUACCAGAAUUUGAACUGCUUUGGAAAGAUAUUAUCCAUAAUCCUCAGACCUUGAGUCCUCAGUUCACAGGUAUCCUACAACUUCUUCAAUCAAGAACAUCUCGAAAAUUCCUAGCAUGUCGUCUAACACCAGACAUGGAAACUAAGCUCCUCUUCAUGACAUCCCGGGUACGGUUUGGUCAACAAAAGCGGUACCAAGAUUGGUUCCAGCGCCAAUAUCUGUCAACCCCAGACAGUCAGUCUUUGCGUUGUGACCUCAUUCGCUACAUCUGUGGGGUAGUUCACCCCUCUAAUGAAGUGCUGAGUUCGGACAUACUGCCUCGAUGGGCCAUCAUUGGCUGGCUCUUGACAACAUGCACGUCCAAUGUUGCUGCUUCUAAUGCCAAGCUGGCUUUGUUUUACGACUGGCUGUUCUUUAGUCCAGACAAGGAUAGCAUUAUGAACAUAGAGCCAGCUAUCCUGGUGAUGCAUCACUCUAUGAAGCCCCACCCAGCCAUCACUGCCACACUCCUGGACUUCAUGUGCCGAAUCAUUCCUAACUUCUACCCUCCAUUGGAAGGCCACGUGCGGCAGGGUGUCUUUUCCUCCCUCAACCACAUUGUGGAGAAACGGGUCUUGGCGCACCUGGCUCCCUUAUUUGACAACCCUAAAUUGGAUAAAGAACUUCGGGCCAUGCUGAGAGAGAAAUUUCCUGAGUUCUGCAGCUCACCCUCCCCACCUGUGGAAGUCAAAAUUGAGGAGCCAGUUUCCAUGGAGAUGGACAACCACAUGUCUGAUAAGGAAGAGAGUUGCUAUGACAACGCAGAGGCAGCUUUCAGUGACGAUGAGGAGGAUCUCAACAGCAAAGGAAAGAAGAGAGAGUUUCGCUUCCACCCCAUCAAGGAGACAGUUGUGGAAGAGCCAGUCGAUAUCACCCCUUACCUUGACCAGUUGGAUGAGUCCCUAAGGGACAAAGUUCUCCAGCUCCAGAAGGGGAGUGAUACGGAGGCCCAGUGUGAGGUCAUGCAGGAAAUCGUGGACCAGGUCCUGGAGGAAGACUUUGACUCCGAGCAGCUGUCUGUCCUGGCUUCCUGUCUGCAGGAGCUCUUCAAGGCCCACUUCCGUGGAGAGGUGCUGCCUGAGGAGGUUACCGAGGAGUCCCUGGAAGAGUCUGUAGGGAAGCCUCUCUACCUCAUAUUUCGGAACUUGUGUCAGAUGCAGGAAGACAACAGUAGCUUCUCUCUGCUUCUGGACCUUCUCUCUGAGCUGUACCAGAAGCAGCCCAAGAUUGGCUAUCACCUGCUGUACUAUCUGAGAGCCAGCAAAGCUGCCGCAGGGAAGAUGAACCUGUAUGAGUCAUUCGCCCAGGCCACCCAGCUGGGGGACCUGCACACCUGCCUGAUGAUGGACAUGAAGGCCUGCCAGGAGGACGACGUACGGCUGCUGUGCCACCUCACACCCUCCAUCUACACUGAGUUUCCAGAUGAGACCCUGAGGAGUGGGGAGCUGCUGAACAUGAUCGUGGCUGUUAUUGACUCUGCGCAGCUCCAGGAGUUGGUCUGCCACGUGAUGAUGGGGAACCUGGUCAUGUUUCGGAAGGACUCAGUCCUCAACAUACUCAUCCAGAGUCUGGACUGGGAAACCUUUGAGCAGUAUUGUGCCUGGCAGCUCUUCCUGGCCCACAACAUCCCCCUAGAGACGAUAAUCCCCAUCCUGCAGCACCUUAAGUACAAGGAGCACCCAGAGGCCCUGUCUUGCCUGCUGCUUCAGCUCCGAAGAGAGAAGCCCAGCGAGGAGAUGGUGAAGAUGGUGCUGAGCCGGCCCUGCCACCCCGAUGACCAGUUCACCACCAGCAUCCUGCGGCACUGGUGCAUGAAGCAUGACGAGCUGCUGGCCGAGCACAUCAAGUCCCUGCUCAUCAAGAACAACAGCCUCCCUCGGAAGAGGCAGAGCCUGAGGAGCUCCAGCAGCAAGCUGGCCCAGCUAACCCUGGAGCAGAUCCUGGAGCACCUGGACAACCUACGCCUCAACCUGACCAACACCAAGCAGAACUUUUUUAGCCAGACCCCAAUCCUCCAGGCCCUGCAGCACGUCCAGGCCAGCUGUGACGAAGCCCACAAGAUGAAGUUCAGUGAUCUCUUCUCCCUGGCUGAAGAGUAUGAGGACUCUUCCACUAAGCCACCCAAGAGCCGGAGGAAGGCAGCUCUCUCCAGCCCGCGGAGUCGGAAGAAUGCCGCCCAGCCCCCCAAUACUGAGGAGGAGUCAGGCUCCAGCAGCGCCUCAGAGGAAGAAGACACAAAACCGAAGCCCACCAAACGGAAACGGAAAGGGUCUUCUGCAGUGGGUUCUGACAGUGACUGAGGCCCCAGGUCCCUGUCCCACCCCCAGCUGGACUGCCCUCCUCCCUGAUACGUCAGAGGAUAAUGGGGCAAGGGAUGUGCAGGGAACACCCUCUUCUUCCCAGGCUUGCCCAGUGGGAAGUAGGAGCUGCUUCCUGGGAGCAGCCCCCUCCCACCCUUCCUGUCCUGCUGCUCCUUCUCACACUUGGGGUCUUGAAGACUGUGGUUGGCCAGCAUCCCCAGUCCAGAAGACCAUUUGAGCAGAGACCUGCAUGGCAGAGCGGCUGCUGGGCCCGGCGACUGGGAUGGGGCAGUGCACAGUGUACCUCCUGCUGUCUUGAUUCGCUCUGCAUGGAUGCCUCAUGGUCACCCUCACACCAGUUGAACCAGGCAUCUGACCUGACACAGUGGUUGGCCACCUGGCAGGUGUCACAGCCCUUGGGGAGAAGCCUGAAAAGGAGGCCCCAGCAUAGUCCUUUGCCCAGAGGCUCAGGGUGGCCCGAGGUGGUGCCUCGGGCUGGGCCAGAGUUGGGGAAGUCCCAGAGGCAAGUUCCUCAGGACUAAAAUGGUCCCAGUUCCUUGGUUCUGUUUUUGCUUUUUUUUUUUCCCCCAGAGAUAAUUGCGGUUUAAAAGUUGGUUUUAAAUGACAAUAAAAUAAGCCAGAGCAUCUUUUGUGCUAGAGUUGCGGCCUGCCUAAGCCCUGUGCAUGUACAGUGGCUCCCCAUUCUCCCUGCUCAGCCCGGCUUUACAGAGGUCAGGAGGGGCUUUGGCUUUGCCUUCCCCAACCCUGCCUGUGCCACAGAGGUGAGCAGUCUCUGACCAUCCGGGUGGCGGUGGGUGCUGGCACCAUUCUGCCGUUGCUCCCCACGUCACAGUCUGGUCACCCUCUCUGAUGC